CUCAGAAUGCCAACUAGUCUCAAAUCAAUCAUUCGCACUCAUAUAUCCUCACAACAUUUAUAGUCAUUUCGGAGCACAUUGUCAUGUAAGACAAAUAUGCACGUCACCUAUUUUAUCUACAAACCCAAAGAAAGAAAGAUAAAUAUAUUUGGAUUAUUUUAAAGGAAGAACCGCCGGUAAGCGACCUGCAACUAUAUGAACAGCCAGAAUGACGUCUGUGGAAUUCAGAACUCAUCAUAAGUCCAAAAACCGCGGGAAUGAUUGUAUUAAUCAUUGGCAGAUGAAGGUAACUGACAACAGACAGUCGCACGCGGACGGGCCGCUCUCUGAUGGCGCCGGAACCAGAUUCAGUGCAUGGACACCUGUGACGAACAAAGCAUGUAACCAACAGCUCUUUCAGGAAAGAACAACUCUCAUCCUCCACUGGUUUGACCUGUGGACAGAUAGACAGAGGAAGGAAUUUAUCAGUCAGCUCCUGAGAAGAUGUUCCAAAUCCCAACUCAAGUUCACCAGUGACUGUUUAUCAGAAGCAGUCCCCAUCACUCAAAUGGACUUCACAGCUGUGCUGCCUCGCUUUUUGUCUCUGUACAUUAUGUCAUUUCUCAGUCCUCGAGAUAUCUGUGCUGCAGCACAGGUGUGCUGGCACUGGAGGUUUUUGGCGGAGCAGGACUGCCUGUGGUCUCCAAAGUGCAUUCGACUGGGCUGGUUUCUUCCCUACAGUCCAUCAGACAAUGAGUAUGGGGCCUGGAAAAGGCAUUAUGUAGCCUGUGCCGCCAGUUUGGAUAUUCUGACUCCACGGGAAGCUGCAGAUAUCUAUGGUACCUUGAAUGAGAGUUUAACUGCACCAGAUGAGCAGGAGGAGCUAUGGAGAGAGCACAUGAUAAGACAAACUAUCAGAGAGAAGAUAGCAGAGCAUAAAAAGGCUGCCUUGAAGACCAGGAGAGCGUGGUUAAACCCCAGUAAAUUGGGCACAUCAGUCACCGGAACCAUUCAGAAGCAUCCAUUGAGUCUUACUGCUGCUCUUCUUCAUAUAGGGGAAGAGUGUCGAUUGAAAAAAUCACUUUCUAGUGUGGAAACACAGUUUGGUUUGACCAUAAAAAGUACUCUUGAGAACACAUAUGCCACCAGUUUAGUGAGAACUCCAUCUAUGAGAUUUCCUUACAGUUCACUCUUCAACCGACCUGCCAGGUCCAAGUAUUGUCCUCUUCCACACUUCUUACUUGUGUCAUCCAAAGUUCCUGGAUAUGAAUUGCUGCUGGCUGCUGUGCAAGUGUCUGUGCUGGUUUUACCAUAUGACUCACAAGGAAUUACAUUGGAGGCUUUGCUCUUUCUUGUGGAAAGGGCACUCCAGGGCAAGAUUAUACAAAGUGUUGGCAUCCUAGCAGAAGGAAGCACAGAUGAGAUAAAUCUCACAGAAGGACUUAGUAUCACUGAGAAGACAGUGCUGAAGCCAUGUGUAAGGGAGUUCUGGGAAAAACUGUGUGGCUGGGUAGUUCCUGCUUCAGAGGGAGGCAGUCUCAACAUCUUUGCUCCCCUUGCUGCUUCAGUUUCAGGGAGGGCGCUGAUGAGGAAUCUGUCUGCUAUGACUGGUCUGAAUGUCAGAGCUCCCACAGGGAUCUGUACAGGCUCCUACCAGCACAUUCUUAGUGAGUGGUCCGGGACAGGUGAGUUUCCUCCAUUGGUGUAUCUGCAUGAGACCCUUCUCCUGAGCUGGUGCCGGCAGGCAGAGUGGAUAGAGGAAGCCUGUAAACAACUGCAGAAACAGCUUGGACCGCAGAUGCACUUUCUGUGUCGAGAGAUCAGGGGUCGUAUUCUAGGUCUGCUGCUGUGGGACCAUAUAAAGAUGCCUGUCAUCUCCCUUAAAUCUGAGGUCAUACAAUGUUUGAUUCAGGGGCUAGUGGCACUGAUGAACGAGUCUCCAGAUGACCCCUUGGAGUUUUUGGGACACUUUUUACAAAGAUCUGUCAAGGGUGGUUUGAAGAAUACUGACCCGUGGUUUCUCACAGAAAGCACUUCAUCUUAUAUCAUUAACCCCAUUGCAGAGUCUACAAGGGGCUUGAUGAGUGAUGCAGAUGGGCGCAGUACUGUGUGCAAAGAGCUUUUGAAUAGUGAGAGAAAUUUUGUGAGGCAGCUUCAGGCAGUGGCCACAGUUUACUACAGUCCUCUAAGAGCUGCACUGGACUCCAACCGCGCCAUUAUCAGCUCUGUCAGUCUCAUUACAAUCUUCUGCCCUCUGCUGGACAUUUUGGAGGCAAACAAUCUUUUUCUAAAGGAGCUUACUGAGAGGUGGGAAGAAUGGGGUCCACAGCAGUGUGUGGGUGAUGUUUGUGUCAAGUUCUGCACCAAACUACGGGCAUACACUAACUUCUUCAACAACUAUCAUACCAUUCUCAGAACCAUAGACAAGUGCAGAGAGAUGCUUCCAGUAUUCCGAACCUUUCUGAAGAGACACGACAGGACCCUUGCUACCAGAAUGCUGAGUCUUCAGGAGCUGUUACUUGCCCCAUCUGCACGGGUGGAGGAGUAUGUGACAUUGCUUCAGGCUAUAAUGCUACACACACCACCUGAGCACCCCGACUACACACAGUUAUCAUCUGCACUCAACACACUGAUGACUUACAGGAGUUUCAUCCAUAAGUUGAAAAGGAGCCUGAAUAAAGACUUGAGAAUCCUGGAAGCACAGAGCACAAUUCAAAGCUGCCCAAAUUUGUUGGAGGGGAGCAGAUACUUGAUCACCACACAGGAUGUGGCAUUACUGACAUGUCUAAAUGGAGACAUUGCUGCCUCUCUCAGGAUGUAUGAGCAUGUGAGUGACCUGGGAUUGUUUCUGUUUAAUGAUGCUCUUGUACUGACUGAGAGAAGUGUCUCAAAUGCACCAUUUUGUCUGGCAGUGAACACGACUCACACCUUUCUGGCCUCCAUUGCUCUGCAUUGUCUAAAUGUUUUGGAAAUCACAGAUACAAAGUAUGUUCAGAAUGCUUUUCAGCUGGAGAGCCCAAAGCGUCAAUGGAGUUGUGCUACAGAUAGGGAAGAAGACAAGAUAAGGCUACUGUCUGCUUUACGCAGUGCUAUAAAUGCUGCUAUUACGCGUAACUAAAGAUGCACAUGGC